AUGACAGUCAAACUGACACCAGAGAAAGCACUAGCCCUAAAGUCAGAUUGUGAUUUGUUUCUUAAAAAAUGCCCUGGUAAUAUUGUAAAUCGAGAAGUUGCUCAAAUUAUUGGGAAAAUAGUAUCAAGUUUUCCUUGGGUCCUGCACGGACCUCUUUACUAUCGACAUUUAGAAAGGGACAAAACCUCAGCUUUAGCUAGGAUUAAGG